AUGUCCGCUCUGCUUCUGCGGGUUUUCUCAGAGCUUGGCGGGUCGGCCGCGGUGUCCUCGGAGCCCAUGUGUGUGAAUACGGCAGGCUGUGGCCCCCAGGGGAGUCCGGUGCUGUUGCUGGGUCCCACGGGCUCCCAGAAGAGCGGCCUGUUGUUUGUGGCGGCGGUUCUGGCGGCAGAGGAGGGAGCGGGGCCAGUGAUCUUCCUGUCCCGGGAGCCGGUGCAGGAAAUGCCCAGAGGAGGGAGGGCGGCCCGGGAGCCCCUCAUCCUCAAGAAAAUCCGCUUCAUGUACCCGUCAUCCCUGAAGGAUCUGCUCCAUUUCUUCUCCUCCCUCCAUGUGACGUCUCCAUCCCCAUCGCUGGUCCUGGUUGAUGGUCUAGAGAGAUACCUCCCGUCCGCUGGCAGCCUUACAGAUGGAGCUCAUAUAUCUGCUCUCAUGCUGGACUCCAUAUCCCACCUCCACUGCGGCCUUCUAGUCUCGGCAGUGCCCGGCUCUGAAGGGUCGGAUGCCUUCACGGCUGUAGAGAGAUACUUUCCAAACCAAUGCCGGCUCUGUCCUGUCAUGUCAACGGAGACUGAGGAGAGACAGUAUAAGGUCAGCUUCCUGUCUCCAGACCCGCAGUGGACUCUACAUGUGGAGCAAUAUGGAGGGCUAAGAAUCUCCUUAGAGGACAGAUCACCCAAGACUAAAACUUAG